GGGAGCCUUGCUUCAAGGGAGGCCUGGUCGCUGGACAGCAGGGCUCGAUGGCGCAGAACCUGUACGGUCCCCGAGUCCGGAUGGGCAACUGGAACGAAGACAUCUACCUGGAGGAGGAGCGCAUGAAAGACUUCUUAGAGAAGCGAGAUAAAGGGCAACUUCUCAUACAGAGAAGCAGAAGAUUAAAAAAGAAUCUUUUGAGACCGAUGCAGCUUUCUGUAUCUGAGGAUGGAUAUGUUCAUUACGGUGACAAAGUGAUGCUUGUAAAUCCCCAAUACCCUGAGGCAGAAGUUGGUGCAUCUCUGAGUGGGGACCUGAGCCUGUGUAUGACUCCCGAUGAAAUUCAAGCCCAUCUGAGUGAUGAGUUGGAGCUGCCCUGUGGGCUGAGCGCAGUUCCAACUAAGACCCCGGUCGGCAGAAACACAUUUAUCAUUUUCAGCUUGGACCCAGACGCCACUGGACAAGUCCUCAGAUAUGGGCAGUACUUCUGCCUUGGGAUAACAGGAGGAUUUGAAAACAGAAUGCUGUUUUUAUCAAGUGACCAUAGGACCCUUCUGAAAUCGUCUAAGAGGUCCUGGCUCCAGGAGGUGUACCUGACAGAUGAGGCAUCCUACAGAAACUGCUGGCAGGCUGCCCUCCCCGAUCCCCAGCUGCGCCUGGAGCACGAAGGCUUCCCGGUCCCUGCAAAUGCAAAAAUUCUCAUCAAUCACUGCCACACAAAUCGCGGCCUGGCAGUCCACCGGCAUCUUUCUUUAAGCACCUAUUUUGGGAAGGAAGUGGAGGUUGUAGCUCACACAUAUCUGGAUUCACACAGAGUUGAAAAACCAAAGAACCACUGGAUGCUGGUUACCAGGAAUCCUGGGAAUGACUCGUCCACCAUGCUGGACCUGCCCAAGCCACCAGCAGAGGACACUCGAGCCGUGGAGCAAGCCAUGGGCCUUAACGAGCAGGGACACACCUAGCACAUGUGUGGUCUCUCAGGCCCUACUCUCUGCAAAUGUAGCCCUAAAAGAAACUGAACCUUGGUCAGGCCUUGCACUAUUUUAAAGUAAGGUAUAGAACUCUUUGAGAACUACAUUAAAACAAAAACUGUAUUAAGGUUAUAGAAUUUGUGGUGGGAGUCUAGGGCUGAACUCCUUAGGUGUGGGGAAUAAAUGGCAUUUGAAAGUGACAAAUGAUGGCCCUUUUUUAAGAACCAAAUUCUGAAGAACUCAGUUUCUUCUACUUUAAUCUUUCAUAGAAGCUUCUUUGAGAACUGUGUGUGUGUGUUUUAAAGUUCAAUGUUAAAGUUAUUGCAUAAUGUCUGUGUAAUAAAGCUAUCAGAACUACACUGAAUUUUUGGCACCCCCAUUUUUUCCCCUUAACUCAGUACAAUGAACCAAAAAAAAUCAACAAUGUGUAGCUAUAAGCUGUGGCCUUACCUGGAAUUAAAAAUUCCUCUACCCUCUUGUAAACUCUCCUGUUUUGGUUUCUACCUCUGAUUUGGGAGGUCUGGACCUCUACCUGACCAGUAACCUAGUACCUUACAAUGGCGUUCACGGCAGA